CCCGUUCUUGUAGAAGCUGACGCAGAUUUAGAAGAUGCAGCUAAGAAGAUUGUUUACUCAAAAACCUUCAACUGUGGACAAAUCUGCUUAUCGUCAGAUUAUGUCCUCACGACAGAAGAAGUGAAACCAAAGUUGGUUGCCGCUUUGGAGAAAGCGUUCGGCGCCAUGGAGCCUUUGAAAGAGAACAAAGCGUAUUCUCGUAUAGUUACUGAGAGACAUUUUGAGUAA